GAAGACGUCUUCACGCUAACACAACAACAUGCCGCUGCUCCUGAGGACCAUCGCCCGCCGCGCUGCGCCUGUCCUGCGGGGACACACAGUCGCCCAGAGGGCUAAUGUCUCCGGCAAGCCGGCCAAAACCGUCGUCGGCCCAAUGGAAACUGUCUUCGGAAUCGCCAUGUUCUCCAUGGCCAUCCUGGCACCGUCUGGAUGGAUCCUGGCUCACUUGGAGGACUACAAGAAGAAAGAAUAAAGUGGACAUUUUAACAGUGUCAUAACGGGCGCAUCCGGCCUCCUGUCUCCAGUGACAACCUGGGACCAUCAUGUUAUGUUUCUCUGCAGAGAAGAAUAUGGAACAAGAUUUACCUUCACUCUUCUACCUCUCCAACAGUUCCACUCCACAUCCCGGAUACAAACCAACUCAAUUCAUUGAAAAUUGUAUUGUACAUUUUCCCCCCUAAGAAGCAUGUUACAAGAUAAAAUUUAAAACACAACUA